GCAGGGUUCAGUGUUUUUCUGCUCACCAACAGGCACUGAGAUUCACCUUUCUGCUCUGAGAGAAAACUGGACUAAAUCACAACUCACACUGAGAAGAGAGAGAUACUGCCUUUAUAACUACAGGAGGAUAUACUGUCAUUUACAGAGACUUUAACUCACUGCUGACUGAAUCAGAGUAAGUUUUAAACACUUUGACACCAAAGUGAAAGUAAACUUCAGACUACAGCAGGAGAGUGUGACUGGGUGAGAAAAUGGCGUCCAGCUCGUCUCUCCCAGAGGAGGAUCUCUCCUGUCCUGUGUGCUGUGACAUCUUUAACGAUCCUGUCCUCCUGUCAUGUAGCCACAGCUUCUGUAAGGACUGCCUGCAGCAAUACUGGAAGCAGAAUGAAUCACGGGAAUGUCCACUCUCUAGGAGAAGAUCUUCUAAAGAAAAGCCACCAUGUAACUUGGCUCUGAAGAACCUGUGUGAGUCCUUCUUACAGGAGAGACGUCAGAGAGCUUCAGCAGGGUCUGAGGUGCUCUGCAGUGUGCACAGUGAGAAACUCAAGCUCUACUGUCUGGAGGAUAAACCGCCAGUGUGUUCGGUGUAUCGGGACUCUAAACUACACUUCAACCACAGAUUCAGACCCAUUGAUGAAGCUGCACAGGAUCACAAGGAGGAACUCCAGCCUGCUCUGAAGUCCUUACAGGAGAAGCUGAAGUUCUUUCACAAAGUUAAACAAACCUGUCAUCAAACAGCAGAGCACAUUAAAAUCCAGACCCGGCAAACAGAGAGGCAGAUUAAGGAGGAGUUUAAGAAGCUUCACAAGUUUCUACAAGAGGAAGAAGAGGCCAGGAUAGAUUCACUGAGGAAGGAGGAGAAGCAGAAGAGUCAGAUGAUGAAGGAGAAGAUUGAGGGGCUGAGCAGAGAGAUAUCAACACUUUCACACACAAUCAGAGCCAUAGAGGAGGAGCUGAGGGCUGAAGACAUCUCAUUCCUGCAGAAUUACAAAGACACAGUGAAAAGAGCCCAGUCCACUCUGCCGGAUCCACAGCUGGUCUCAGGAGCGCUGAUAGACGUGGCAAAACACCUGGGCAACAUAACCUUCAGAGUCUGGGAGACGAUUGUGACAUACACUCCUGUGACUCUGGACCCCAACACUUCCCACCCACACCUCAUCCUGUCUGAAGAUCUGACCAGUGUGACAUACAGUCAGGAGAGACAGCAGCUUCCUGACAACCCAGAGAGGUUUGAUUUUAAUGUGUUGAUCCUGGGCUCUGAGGGCUUUAACUCAGGGACACACAGAUGGGAUGUUGAGGUUGGAGAUAGUACACACUGGUCACUGGGUGUGUUAACAGAGUCUGUCCAGAGGAAGGGAGUCUUAUGGGGUGGAUACUGGGGAAUCAGGUUCUACCAUGGUGAAUACACAGCAAUAUCCUCACCAGGUCCAGUCACCGUUCUCACAGUGAGACAGAAACUCCAGAGGAUCAGAGUACAGCUAGAUUGGGACAGUGGUAAGCUGUCAUUCUCUGACCCUGAUAGAAAUACACUCCUACACACAAUCGCACACACCUUCACUGAGAGAGUGGUUCCAUUCAUUUGUAAUCGCUGCACUCUCCACCCUCUGAGGAUCUUACCAGUGAAGGCCUCUGUAACAGUAGAACAGCACAGUCAUUAGAGCUUGUACCAGCUCUACCUAUAAUGAUUUUUGACUAAGGAAAGUAAGGAUAUCCAGGUUCAUGUUUCCAUGGAAACUAGGCUUAUUGUUUACACGGGCACCUACAGUAUCUCUUACUGUUUGAAGUAGCGAAGUCAUGAUCUCUUGCAAUGUAUUAUACUGUAUUAUACUUAUCAUGUGUUAUUCUUAUUAAACACACUUGUUCCACUAGUACACCAGCACUUAAGAUUGAUUGCUGGAUCAGAUGUUGGCUUGCUCUUGUUGGUUAGUUGUAAUUGAUUUAACUAUUUGUACUGGCUGUGAAUUAUAUUAUAGUUGCUUGCUUUCUCCUGGUACACUCUAGCACUCUCGAGGAUCAUGUUGUUUAAUUGUAAUUCAUGUAUCUACAUGCUCUUCUGGUUCUAUUUCAGUUUGAAUACCCACUGAACUUGUGCACACUUGGCUUUUAGCGUACUAAAUUACUCUCCCCAAAAUAUGAUGUGACUCAUAAUGAUUGUAGAUGUUAUUAAUUAUACAUGUUAUUAAUUAUACAUUGCGGGUGCUAGUAUAAAAAAAUGAAUUACUGCUCAGUCAUAUGACUCGGGGAGUCA